UAUAAACAUACCCGCCUUUUUAGUCUUCUUUACCCAUGUGACUCACCGCCUCUCUUUCUCUCUCUCUCUUCCUCUCCUUCUUUCCCAGUGUUGGAGGAGCUAGAUAAAUCUCCAUUAUUAUUAUUUUUUUCAUUCCUCUCAUGUGACCCAUAUUGAUUUUAUAUGUAAAACGAGGGAUAGUGCCAUACCUUCUCUGUCUCAUUCUUGUAUUUUAUUGAUUCGAUUCAGUUUUCGGCUCCGCAGAUGUUGGUUUUUUGGGGAGUGACAAUCCGAAUCUUGGAAAUGGACUGAAGCUUCAUUUACAGUGUCGGCAGUGUGAGAUAUCGGAGACACAGAGAGAGCCGCCAAUGAAGAUCGUGCUCUUCUUUGUGGAGUCCAUUUUCUUGUGUUUACCUCUUUUUGGUUCUUUUAACUCGGUUGUGGCAGUGACUCAAGAUGGGCCUACCAAAGAUCCUCUCUCCAUGAUCCUAGGAAAGCAGAAUUUUGGAUCGUGGAAAGAUGGCAUCUCAGUUGCAGAACUAGCACCGGGACCUUCAAAUAAUGGGGAAGGCACGCUAGUGUUGGCGGCAAACCGGACUAAAGCCCGACAUUCUCCAGGUUUCACGCAUUACCAUGGUGGCUGGAAUAUUACUAACCGCCAUUACUGGGCUUCUGUUGGAUUUACAGGUGCAGCUGCUUUCAUUCUGGCUAUCUUUUGGUUUGUUUCUUUUGGUUUGGUUCUCGUUGUACAUCAUUGCUGUGGUUGGACAAUCAACAUUAAAGGGAAAGGAUCAAACCAUUCGCAAAGAAUCUGUCUCAUAAUACUUAUAGUGUUCACUUGCAUCGCAGCGACUGGAUGUGUGCUUCUUUCUGUUGGGCAGAAUGAAUUUCAUGGUGAAGCUUUGGGUACCCUGAGAUAUGUUGUAAACCAGUCAGAUUACACCGUCGAUAUCCUGAGAAAUGUGACCGAAUAUCUGUCCCUUGCAAAAAGUAUCAAUGUUGCCCAGGUUUUCAUUCCUUCGGAUGUUAUGACUGAAAUCGACAAGUUGAAUAUAGAUCUGAAUGAUGCAGCAGAUACACUUGCUGAGAAAACAAAUAAAAAUUCUGAAAAAAUAAGAAAAGUCUUCAACAGUGUGCGGUCAGCGUUGAUCACUGUGGCUGCUGUGAUGCUUCUCUUGUCUGUUCUUGGUCUUUUAUUGUCUAUCUUUGGCUACAAACAUGCAGUUCAUAUAUUUGUAUUGAGUGGAUGGUUACUAGUGACAAUUACAUUCAUUCUUUGUGGAGUUUUUGUGAUCCUUAACAGUGCAAUUUCCGACACCUGUAUGGCCAUGGGAGAAUGGGUGAAUCAUCCUCAUGCAGAGACUGCUCUUAGCAGCAUUCUUCCAUGUGUAGACCAAAAAACAACAAAUCAGACUCUCAUGAAGAGUAAAGAAGUCAUCAAUGAUAUCGUAAAUGUUGUAAAUACGUUUAUAUAUUCAUAUGCCAACUCAAAUCCAUCCCCGGGAGAAUCCCAUUAUUACAAUCAGUCUGGACCUCCAAUGCCUCCUCUGUGUUACCCAUUUGGCCCAAACCUAGAAGAUCGCCAGUGUGGACCUCAAGAAGUUUCCAUGGCAAACGCAUCUUUGGUUUGGGAGAAUUACACAUGUAUGGUGUCAGCAUAUGGUCUUUGCACUACUGUAGGGAGGGUAACCCCGGAUAUCUAUACACAGUUGGUAGCAGCAGUGAACGAGAGCUAUGCUCUCGAGCAUUAUGCACCGCCUUUACUAAGCCUCCAGGAUUGCAAUUUUGUGAGGGACACAUUCCAAAACAUUACAUCAAAUUACUGUCCGCCACUGGAGCAUUAUUUGAAGACAGUUAAUGCAGGAUUAGGCCUGAUAUCUGUUGGAGUAUUGCUGUGUCUGCUUCUAUGGAUACUGUAUGCAAACCGCCCCCAAAGGGAGGAAGUGUUUGUGAAACUACCCUUGUCCAUAAAACGCAGCUGUGGUCUCAAGCACAGUCCUAAAGGUAACAGGGACAAGGAUGUCAUAUUGUCCAAUUCAUCAAAUGGAGUAUAGAUCAUAUACGAAAAAGAAAAAACAACUUACUACCUUAGGCUUUUAUAGUUCUAAGUUUGCUAUGCCUUAUAUACCUUAUACUGUAGGAAAUCGAAGUUGAGCGAAGCUCGAGCUUUUGAUUGAUGCCUGUAGCUGAUGUCUUAGUAUUUUGUAAAAACUAGUAUAGUGAAAAAAUGAAAA